CUCGUCACCAAAAUCAAAACGGAAACUCCAUCCUCUCCAUUUCGAAACACUUCAGAUCAAUCAACAUGCCAUCCGUGUUGUACUCCAUCUUUAGCGGCACCGGCCGCGCGUUCUACCCUGAGCCGGCCAAGCCAGUCCUCCAAGCGACCGACAGCGUGAUCGUUCAAGUUCAUGCAGCGUCCUUAAACCCCGUUGAUUACAAGCUUCCCAAGUGGUUUCUCCAUGGGCGAGUCGUCGGUCUAGAUUUGGCAGGAGUUGUCACGCAAGUCAGUCCCGACGUGACAGCGUUCGCGGUGGGGGACCGCGUCGUCGGCAACACCUCUGGUGCGCUCGCCGACCACGCUGUGGUCAAAGCCAGCUUAUUAGCGAAACUGCCCGAUGAGUUGUCGUUCCAACAAGGCGCGGCGCUGCCUGUCGCGUACUUGACGGGGUACCAGGGUCUAGUGAAGCACGGGUUUGAAGCUGGCGCGAAAUUGCUGGUGAUCGGGGCCAGUGGUGGGUGCGGCACGGCGGCAAUUCAACUCGCAAAAGCGCUCGGGGCCAGCGAGAUCGUCGGCGUGUGCUCCAAAAAGAACGAAGAGUUUGUCAAGUCGAUUGGCGCGGAUCGUAUCAUCGAUUACAACACGCAAUCGAUCGUGGAGGGCAACGAAGGACAUUUUGACUUUGUGUAUGACGCAGCCACGGCCAGUGGCGGCGGCGAAGACUACCUCGAGAAGGCCAAACUCGUCCUAAAGGACCCGACCAAGCACCACGUGACACUGAACGGCCCCGCCACGUUAUGGAUUCGCAAACUCAGCGGGUUUCCUCGCAAAGACAUUGCCCUUAUUUUGACCGACCAAAAUGGCGCCGACUUAGCUGAAGUCAUCAGUCUGUUGGUCAAGUCGAAGCAACGACCGGUGAUCGACGCCGUGUUCCCGUUCACAGCCCAAGGCGUCGACGAUGCGUUUGUGAAAUUGCAAUCGCGACGCACCAAGGGAAAAAUUGUGAUUGAUGUCAAGGGCACGUUGGAAUAGUAUACUAGUAUAUAUAUAUAUAUAUAUAUA